AUGCAAGCAGCGCUUGUUUUCUUCGCGUUGAUCACGAUCAGCGACGCGGCAGAGGUGUGGAAGAUCAUGACGGCGAACCUGACCUCAGUCAAACCUGGUUCCAUGACGAGGUUCCAAGGGUCGACGCUAGUGCAAUGGACUUGGGGCUACCUGCACCUCUACCCCGGAGUUUUCCUCAAUCCCUACGGCUGCUCUUCGGAUCCAGCCGUGACCUACUGUGCGUCCUGCGACAAGAUAGGCGGAUCAACGUGCGACUCAGACGCCAAGUGUCAAACCUGCAGCGGGCAGUGUCUCGCGUUCGACUCUGUCUACUCCGCCGACGGUACUCUCUUCACCGGAUGGCCGGGGGUAACCUUCAACCCACUUUGCCUGCCCGUGGUGGAGGCGUUCGAAGACACCUGGACUCCAGCCAACAUCUCCUUCACGUUCAACGUGCCGGCCGGCUCUGACUACUCCAACACGGGCGUCUCCUUUCAGAUCUCCUCCAAGUGGGGACAGUUCUCCUCGCUCAACUGCGACUUAUCGAAGUCGGCGUGCGCUCGCGGAGCAGGUCAGGCGUCUGUCUCUGCCUCCAUCACCACCUACCCAGAGCCGCGGAUUAUGACGAUGCGGAUCGUCGGCACGGUCGACCAAGUGACUCAAGCCUUGAGAGACCUAACCUUCAAACCCAACCUCAACCUCAACUCCAAGCGCCUUCGCGCCUACCAUCUCGACCCUAUCGCCACCCGCAGCCAGCCCUAUGAGAUCUGGGACGUGACGUUGGGGAUAGGUGAGUGCCCGUCAGGGAUGUGCGGCAGCCUCGGGGGAGCGACUCUCAUCUCCGCUGGAUCCAUACUUGUCAACAUCUGGGACAACAACGACCCUCCAGUCAUCAGCGACCCUCAGGACUGCUACUUCCGUCCCGGCUGCAUCGGCGACCUGCGAGACCUUCGCUUCGCUGCGGCAGGAGCUGGCUACACUGUCGGAGACCUCGUGGUCGUCACUUGCACCGGGAAGUGCAGCACGUGUGUGGCUUCUCCGUUCGCUGCCAAGGUGUCAGAAGUUGGCAGCGCUGGGGAGAUUCUAGCUCUUGCGGUUACGAGCUACGGGAAAGGGUAUGUGUCCGAGUUUCCUCCUACUCUCUCUGUGCAGGGGACUGGGACUGGCGCUGUUCUCCUAGCCAACGUCGGGGCCUCACUCUACGGCCCGUGUCCCUUCCCCCAAGAGACUCGAGGAGCGCUAGGGUUUCCCUCUGAAGCCGCCAGUAUGAUCAAUUGUAACCCUGAGCCGGAGUGCUCGGCAGGAUCCGCGGCGAGCGGGUCUUCUGGCCUCAAGACCCUCGAGUACUACUUCGGGCAGUUCUGGCGGUACGAGGACCGGACCGAGGCCCGGGCUGUGGAAGGGAUUCAGAUCGAGGACGUGGAUAUCUCCGAGGACUGCAGCUACAACGUUCCCUAUUGCUCGACAAUGGACGUGACGGUCCGAGCGCAGCAGGGGGCACAGAUCGUGAACAGGAGAGACGCUCUGGGGAUCUACACUGACACUCGAAGUGAGUUCGCCUGGACUGCGGCAAUCCCUCCGACCAACUAUGCCAUCAAGUCCAUCCUGUACCAGACUGAACUGCCCCAGUACGCCGGCCCGAACUCAGCGGCUCUCAACUACAACUCGCAGCGUGGGGGGAGAGACGAGUUUCUGCUGGUGGUUGCGCAGGAUCAGGGCUUCACAGGCUACGAUGGGAUAUCUCAGUGCUACAAGGGGCCGGAGAACUACGGGAUGGGAGCGGGGAAGGAUUUGUCAUGCGGUCUGAGGGUGAACGUGACUAUCGUGGCUGUCAACGAUGCUCCGACGAUCUCAACGCCUUCAUCUACGCUCUUCCUGCCCAACGAGAACCAAGCCUUCACGCUCUCCUCCUUGGGCAUUGACGACGUGGACGUGUCUGAGGUGAUGACGUCUGGCCUUGCGCAGGACGACUGGGUGUCAAACGUGCAGUACACGCCGCUGCUGAACAAGAUCAAGGUCUACCUGUCUGUGACCCGCGCCUACAUCCUCCUGAGCCCGGCGGCUCGCGACAUCACCGUCACCCUCAACUCAACUCAGAUGUGGUUCAACGUCGACAAGAGGAACCUCGGUCACGACCUCUGCCGGGCCCAGGCCUGCAUCGCCGACCCGGUCACCUGCCUCAAGCAGAGCAGCAGCGCCUCCAUCAAGUACCAGGAGGUCUGCGCGCUCGCGGACGAGACGUGCACGACCAACUGUCAGUGCCUCCUCGACGACGCCGCGUGUAGCAAGGGGACGGCGAUCCUGAUGUACAUCAACCGCACGAAGCUCGAACGCGCCCUCCUCUACUUGGAUCUGCUCUACGCUGCCGUCGAGACCCAGGACAUGACCUGUGGCGGCAUGCCCGUGUACAGUGCAACCUCUUCGGUGGUGGGAGGAGGGACCGGCUUUCUCAGUGCCAACCCGUUCACGGUAGGCAAGAAGUGCACGAGCAACCAGGACUGCGUUCCCCCUCAGCUCCGCGGGUGCACGCCAGGGGUCGACUGCUUCUGCUGCGCCAACAUUACCCACCCCUGUAGCUCCAGCGCAGACUGCAACUCCUUCAGCCUCAUUCACAACCUCUGCGGGUGCCAGCAGGGCCUCGUUCCGGCCUGCGGGAGCCCUGAGCGGCCCUGCUACUGCUGUAACAACCUUGACGUGAACUGCAGCAGCGACUCUGACUGCGGGGUCAACGCUGUCGGGUCAAAGUUGUCAAACUUCUCUCGGUGCGGGUGCAGGAGGGGCGAGGGGAUGUGCGGACCCUUCGGACAAGGGCCGAUAGGGUACAAGGGGGACCCCACCCUCACCUUCGACUCCGACUUCAGUCUCCUCAGCGGGGGUUAUCCCUGCACCUACCACGGCGCCAACUCUCAGAAGUGCCUGUCAGCCCUCAUACUGCAGGAGGGGACGUCGAAGCCAGCCAUCAUCAGCCAGAUGCAGGUCACCGGAGCUCCGGAGCUCGAGUUCUUCGGGCCCCUUGUGCAGAUCAACGCGGCUCUGGCUAAGAUGGUGUACCUGACGUCGCAUCCCAAGUACCCGCACUACAACAAGCGGUACAGGCUGCCGGUCGACCAGCGAACCUCCUCCUUCAACAUCCUCUACGACGACGAGGAUCAUCUCACCCUCAUCGUCAACGACAUGGGCAACAGCGGGGGGACCCGACGGCGCUGCAUGCUCUGCCCGCAAGACUGCUCCUGCACCAACGACUGCUCCGUCUGCACGGACUGCGGUCGCCCCUACCGCGCCGGCUGCUUCACCGAGCAGUCGUUCGUGGUGUCCGUCACUGCCAUCAACGACCCCCCCGACCUCCUGGGGCCUUCGGAGGUGACGGUAGUGGAAGGCAAACCCUACUCCUUCAUCAACACUGACCACUACGAGCUCGUCGGAGGCAUCCUCAACCUCAUCCCUGGCCCCUCCUCCAUCACUCCCGACGCUCCGCCCGACCCAGCGCAGGUUCAGUUCGAGCAGGCAUGCAUCAACGAUGCGACGGGGGCCUGCACCAUGCAGCCGCUGUGGUCGACGAGCAACGGGGCGUGGGUGCGAAAGACCAACGGGAUCAGCAUCGUCGACCCGGACUCGAAAGACUUCGGCUACAACGACCGGUACAUCACCCUCAACGUCAGCUGCCAACACGGACGGCUCUUCCUAAACGAGACCUUCCUUGAAGACGUCCUCUUCGACGGCGACACCAACUGCGACCUCGCCUACGACCCUCAGAGCUCCGAGCUCGGAUGCCGGGUGAAGCUCAUGGACUACAAGCACCCGCAGGGCAACGUCGGGCUGUACACGAGGAUCAGCGGGCUGAACUCCAUAGAGCCUUACUGCGGGUCUCUCGUCUCCCUCAGCCGCAACGCCUUCGGCAAAAUUCUCCGCACGCCAGUCUCUCCUCCUCGCAGGGUCCCUGUGGUACAAGAGUCAGUGACGACCAUCUCGUACGGCUGCCCCUGCUACUCCUCCGUCCUGUUCGAGCCGACAGGAGCAAGCUCCUCCUCCUCCUUCUCCCACUGCUCGAGCCCCAUCACCAUCAACGGGCAGAGCACGCAAGAGUCCAUCCCCCUGAUCGGCAACCGCUUCAUCGCCAUCAAGGGGAGGUUGCGGGACGUGGCGUACGCGCUGUCCAACCUGACGUACCUUCCUGACCCUCACUUCAACACCGACGUGCCCGGCAACAGCGAGACCAUCACCAUCUCCGUCAACGACGAAGGAGCCAUCGGUGACGUCACCAAGGCUGCCGACGGGUCGCUGAUCCUCCCCCCCUCCCUCUCCAAGACCAAGACCAUCAAGGUCAACAUCGCAAGUGUCAACGAUCCCCCGGUCAUCGGCAGGAGGAUCUACACCACCUGCGACGCCCGUUACAGCGACCGCAAGAUGGACUGUCCUCGAGGCCCCAACUUCUCUAACGAGCUCUUCUGCGGAGCUUCGGGCUGUAAGCUGAGGAACCUCGCGUAUAUCAGCGCCUGGACGCAGAUGCCGUCAUGGCCUUCCCGAGACAUCUUGCUGACGACGUACCCUAUCAUGAUCAACAAGACCUCCGACUACAUCGACGUCGACGAAGACUCCAUCUUCUCCGUCUCCCCCGACGUGCUCUGGAUCACCGACGCUGACUCGAAAGAGGCCGAGUCAAUCUUCUCCUCCGCCUGCUCCACCACCCUCCCGGGCAUUCUGCCUCUCAACUGCGAGCUCUCGCCCAUCUGCAGCAUCCUCUGCACGGGAGGGUACGGCACCCACCUGGUGUCCAGCUACCGAUGCGUCGGGGGUCCCAGUGACGGGGCGGCAUGCGUGCAAGGGACCACCAUGUGCGGCAGUGGAGUGUGUACAUACUUCAAGGGCCAGCUGCUGUCGAGCAACUCGAACCCAGGAGAGAUCCUCCUCGUCCUCUCUGUGUCGCACGGCAAGCUCUCCUUCUACCCUCGCCCUCCUCAGUUCCCCACCACCCUGAAGCCAUCCUACUUCGCCCUCACCAACAGCACCCCCUACUGCGACCCGACUGCUGGAUGCACGUCGCUCGUCAACUGCCCGGUCGAGUUUGACUGUCUGUUCAACGUGUCGAGGCUCUGGAUCAAGACAAGCCUGGCGAACCUGCAGCAGGCGCUGAUCGACAAGUACAUCUCCUACGUCUCCGACCUCAACUACUUCGGGCCUGACGCUCUCAGUGUCUUCGUGAGCGACCUCGGCUACUCGUCUGGGACCUACCAGAGCAUUCAGACCGACUCCUUCCUCCUCCCCAUCAACGUCGUCUCCAUCAACAACCCCCCGGUCAUCUCUGCUACCACCUCCGUCUUCAACUACCAGCGCGGCGUCUUGUGCCGGACGAGCUACAUGGACUUGUUCUCCACAGGAGGGACCCUGUGCCUCUACCCCAACAUCUCCCGCCUCCCUCCCACCGCCUCCGGCUCCUUCGUCUCCUUCUCUGACGUCGACAUGGACGUUGUCACCCCCAAUUGCCCGGCCACCUGCGGCAACAUGACGCUCAUCAUUCGCUUCGGCCGGCAGAACUCUGGAGCCCUCAGGAUCGGCAACGUGGUGCCGACGACGCAGAUCUACGAGUACUUUGACAGGCAGAACAGGAGGAACUUCGUGAUGUGGGGCAAGCUGAGAGACAUCAACAUGCAGAUGAAAGACAUCUUCUUCGACACCGACGACCAGUACACGGGCUACGCUCCUCUCGAGCUCAUGGCCAACGACAUGGGCAACUACGGCCUGUGCAAGCGCGACACGACCUGCGCGCGCUACGACCCGCUGACCAACAUCCAAACCACCACCUGCACGCGAGACAACCGCAUGCCCUGCAGCCCCCCCCUCCCCGGCCUCACCUCCGGCACCCUCGACGCCGUGGUGGGGGCCAAGGAGACCUGCCGGUACCCCACCUGCCUCGACUGCAACCGCGACCGACUGUGCGGCUGGUGCCCGACGACGUGCGGGGGGAAAGGGAAGUGCAUGAUCGGGAAGAGCAAACCCAAGUUCGAGGACUGCGAGGAGGGACUCGCGUUCAAUGGGACCAACUACUCCAAGUUCUACAGCACCAACGCAGCCUACGGGCUGUGCAAGCCGGUGAAGCAGGACAUCGUGCUCAUCGCGUCGCUCUCCGCCCUCUUCGGCGUUGCCUUCCUCAUCUCCAGCUACCUCAUCAUCGCAUGGCUGACGCAGCGGCACGGGACGCUCUUCCGAUACCUGAGGAAGAAGAAAUGGGAGUUCUUCUACAAGGGACGCAAGUACCACCUGCUCCCCUCUGAAGGAUCCUCCAACGCUCACUUCCUCUUCCUCGUUGUCGCCGUCUUCAUCGCCGGCAUCAUCGCCUCGGGCUCCAUGUCCAAGACCUCCGGCCCCCUCGUCUUCCUUCGCUCCUACCUUCUCGACUCUCAGAAGAGCAUCUCCCUCUCUCUUGACAACUGCUACGUCCGCUUCGUCCCGUCCCGCAAGUUCCCAGCUCCCGAGAACCAGCUGGAGGCGAUGAAGAUCAGGUUUUCCUUCCCCAAGAACAAGGACAUCUACCUCAAGAGCGACACCUGCAGCCCGGACUCCCAGUUAGAGAUCUUCAACAACCUCCCCGAGGACGUCAAGUACCUCAACUACUGGUGCUCCGUCCAGGUGAUCAUCCCUGACCGCUACGUCAUCCCCUCGCUCUUCAUCAACUCCAAGGGUGACAACGUGACGAGCAUCCGCGGGGGGCCCAUGGACCCUGACACGGCAGGUCUCGGCCUUGACUUCGGCCCAAACACUUUCUCCAUGCAAGGUCGCUUCGUGCAAGCGCGGCUAGAGAACGUGAGCGCCAAGGAGUUCAUCUUCAACGUGAGGAGCGGAGAGCUGCUGGCGAUGGAUCUCGGGACCCUCACGGCGAGCGUCCCCAAGGCGACGAUGACUUCAGUGGACGCGGACAUGAUCGUGACGACAAGGCAGAUGACGUCAGCGACGGUCUGGCAGAAGAGCGACAACCUCGUCUGCCUCACUGCCGCCAACAACUCGCUCUACGUGGACAGCAACUGCCAGGACAUCUGCGAGUUCAUCAAGCCCAGCAACGUCACUGUCGCUCCUGACCCCAGCAUCCUGCAGGAGGACAGCACCUCCCCCUGCCCCAACUUGCCCACCCCCCUCGUCAGCGGCUGCUACAACCCGUCCGACUGCACCCUCGUUCAGACGCAGCAGUGCUUCUGCAAGCCCAACUGCGAGGCCCCCUACUCCUCCCUCAACGGCCUCUGUGCAGAGGACGGCACCUGCUGCCACCAAGUCUGCUCCGGCGCCACCUCCGCCGACUUGUUUCCCAUCCCUGACCAGCCCAGGUGCGGCGCCUGCGUCGACAGCAUCAACAUGCCUUGGACGCCAGGCAACUUGGUGCAGCAGUGGACGAUGGUGUCCGACAAGGGGCAGAUCUCCUUGCAGUCCCUCGCCGACCCAAUCGAAGCUCACUCAUCCAGCCCGCUGCUCUCCGUCUCCUCCUACAAUCUGAGCCUCGUCCCCGUCCAGGAGCCGACGGUGCCGGUGGACUUCAGCGAGACGUCCAAGAUCAACCUGGACUCGCUCUUUCAUCCGGGGGGAGCCAAUCAGCCCAACGCCAACUGGUUUGUCCUGCAGGUCACAGGGCCAGGAGCUCCCGAGUCAACCUACGCCUCCUUCGCCUGGCUGUCCCACAUCCGCUACCUCAUCGUCCCUACCUGGAUCCUCGACUUCUUCUCGUUGAAGCUUCUCUCUCCCGUUAGAGGGUUGUCUAAGCUCACCUUGAAGCCUGCCUUCUGUCCUGGGGUGCUUCCAGCCAACACUCCAGUUUUCAACCAGCGUAUCAUCACCAUCUACAACACACUGAACUUGGCGGAAGUGAUCGGACAAUACCUGGAAAAUGACAAGACGAAAAGCGCCGAGCAUAAGGAAGGACUAGACCUGGCGAAACUCUCGAAGAGGCCGGAGAUGAUCAGCAGGACUAACUUCUUCUACUUUGUGAGCGAGUGGAGCAUGGAGGAAGGGCAGCAACUCAGCCUCUUCGGCGAGUGGGUUCGGCUAAUGAGAGACAUCACCUUCAUCGCGGCUCCCAUUGUCUUCGUCAUCUACUUCGGGUGGAACGUCAAGGCCUCCGUCCUCAGCGUCAAGUGCGAAUACCGCAAGGAUUACGAGGUCUGCAUCGCCGAGCGAGAGCCCAUCUCCUUCGCCACCUUCAUCUUCUGCUUCCUCUACAGCCUCGUCGCCUCUCUGGAGCUCGCUACCCACUACAUCAGCCCUCCUCCUAUCGCUGGAGGCGCCAGCGCGUCAGAGUCAGUGGAGGUGAGGGUGAGACUGGCCCUUCGCUUCCUCUUCUACUGCCUCUACGCGGCUGCUCUCUUCGUCACUCUCGCCCUCGUCUUCAUCUGCUGCCUCUGGAUCCUUUACGGCCUCCUCAUCGACGUUCCUCGCAUCCUUCCCUACGCCAUCUUCAUGGCCUGCAUCGUCCUCGUCGCGUGGGCGUCGGUCUCCAAGAAGAUCCGCCUGCGAGUGAAAGCCAAGCGGCUAGUGGCAGAGCGAAUCUCCUCCUUCAGAGCCAAGAACAUUCACAUCCUCCCCAUGCAUGUGGUCGAGUUGCUUAUCUCCAGUCAUCUCAAACUUUCACUGCGGCAAGUCAACCUGACGACUUACGCAAUCCUGUGCGAGGCGAUCCUGGAGACGGUCCUCUUCAUCGGGACGGAAACCUUUCUCUUCCUUGGCUUCCUGGCCUUCACCGACGCCUCCAUCACUGCCGCGCUCCUCAACAGCUCGCUCGUCAUCGGCAUCGCUGCUUCCUUCCUUUGGUUUGUGUCCGACAACGGAGAUCACGGCGACACGAAGUUGGUGCUGGAGCUGCUAGAGCAGAGGAUGGCGCAGGGCAUCGAGCGCGUGCUGAAGCUCGCAUGCUCACAGCUCGAAGUCGCCAUGGAGCAUCUUGGCAGGGGAGGGAAUAUCCCGACCAACGACGAGGACAGCAGCAACUACUUCUCGGAGAGCGACAGCGAGAACCUUGGAUCCGAGGACUUCACCUAA